GCGGAGGGGAAGGCAGAGGAGGCGGAGGGGGGGCGCGGGGCGACCCUCCCCGCCGCGGCCCCCCGUGCGCCCGCCCCGCGCGGGAGGCGGGAAGGCGCCCAGGCCGCGCCCACCGCCCUGCCCCCGCCGCCACUCCCUGCUCGCCGCUGGACGCGCCUGGUCCAGUCCGUCGUCCCUCCGGAUCGGCCCCGCAGACGCCAUGGAGCUGGUGCUGAUCUUCCUCUGCAGCCUGCUGGCCCCCGCUGCCCUGGUCAGCGCUGCCGCCGAGCAGGAGAAGGAGAAGGACCCCUUCCACUAUGACUACCAGAGCCUGAGGAUCGGGGGGCUGGUGUUCGCUGUGGUCCUCUUCCUGGUGGGGAUCCUGCUCAUCCUGAGCCGCAGGUGCAAGUGCAAUUUUAAUCAGAAGUCCCGGGCGCCCGGGGACGAGGAGGCGCAGGUGGAGAACCUCAUCGCAGCCAAUGCAACCGAGCCCCAGAAAACAGAGAACUGAGGGGUCACCGUCCUCGGGGAAGCCCCCCGGAACGGGAGCCGCUGCUGGAGCCUGGGAAGCCCCUGCCGCCGCUUUGGAAAAAACGGCCCCGCAGACGCAGCCCCUGCAGCCCCGCCCGGUGCCGUCCUCGUGACGUCAUCGCUAACCCUGCCCGCACCCGUUGCUGUCCUCGUGACGUCAUCUCCGUCUUUGUGACGUCAUCUCCAUCCUCGUGACGUCCUCACUGACCCCCUGCCCUGCAGCCCCGCCCCGUCGCCUUCCUCAUGAUCUUUCGCUAACCCCCGCCCCCUGCAGCCCUGCCCCAGCGCUGUCCUCAUGACGUCAUCACUAACCCCCCCACUCCCCCGCGGCGGCCCACGAUCCCCCUGUCCUGUGCCGUGUCUGUGCGCGCUGCCCCGUCUCCGUGGCUGCUUGUCCGUGGGUAACGUGGUAUUAGUGAGUCUGGGCUCCCCCUCCCGGGCGCGGCCGAGCCCCGAGGCCCCCUGCUCCCCACCACCCCCGCCGCAGCCCCCACCCGCGUCUCCCCCAGAGCCCUGCAGGCUCUGGGCUGGGGAGCUGGGCUUCGCCUUCCGGACCCUUCUCCAGCCGUCUCUGCACUCCUUAGAGGAGCCUCACUUCCAGUGCUCCCGCCGCCCCACCCCUGUUCCGGGGCCUCCGCGCCGACCCCCGCCUCCUCCAGGCCUGUCAGCCCCGUUGUCCAGCGCUGUGGCAGAGCGGCGGGGUCCCGGGACCCCGGCCGCGUGGCCCUUGGAUAUCCUCAGCAAUAACCCGGGGCUCCCCCUGGCCCCGGCAGCAGCACCCCAGCCAGGACCUGCCUCUGGUGGGUGGCGGCCUGGGUGGGGGUGGGGGCCCACUGGCUGGGCUUGGAGGAGGGACAGAGGGGAGACCCUUGGUGGUGCUGCCUGCCCCUCACCUGUGGGGCGGCCGCGGCAGAGGCGCGGGAGGGGCCCGCCAGAGGUCAGAGUGGAGAGUGGACGCUGGAUGUCGGGCCGCCCCUUCCGCCCACCGUGUUCUCGUGGGAGCAGCCUGUGUGAUCUCUCCUGACGCCCGGGAAUAAAACGCUCGUGUUUCCUAGUG